CCGCAAUCUAGCGAAGGAAGAAAGUUGAUCGUGACAAGGCGCGUCAACCAAAAACUUCAAGUAAACGGUUUCAGUUUCUGGAUUGUUUAUUUUGGAUCUCUCGCAAAAGAAGACACUAGGUAAUUCAAUUGAGACUCAAUUUUCUCAUGCUUUAUGCUUCGAACAGCACUUUAUCACAAAUCUUGGCUCAUUGAGCUUGGGUAGGUAGAUAUGGUCCCAGUCGCAGAGGCUAGCUAUUUUCCUGAUCUGGGUAAAUGUUUGAAAGGAGAAGAAAUAUUGAUGUAAGUGAAGCUUCAUGAAAUUGAGCUCCAUGUACAUCCUACUGAUAUCUUUAUAGCUCUUGGGAGACGGCCUUCUUUGCUCUUUUGAAUAUUCAAGAAAGCGGAGCCCGAUCUACACUUGAGAAAUUCUUCAAAGAGUCCAGAGUAUUAUCUUUACUUUCCAAUCCUAUCGAUAUCUUUCCGGAGCCCACCACUAAGACCAAAUCCGAAUUCCAAUCCAAGCUUAGUCCGAUCAACGCCGACCAUUCCUCCGCAGAUUAUGACGUUAAGAAGGUAUCCGAAGAUGCACUAUGGUUGAGUGGGACAGCUGAAAUCGACGAGGUUUCCGCUCUACGAAUAGUGGUUCAAGAACAUCAGUCUCGGGCAUAUGCGCAACUUUUGGGAAAACUCUCCGAGGAAGAAUUGAUCAGUCUCCAGGAUGCCUUUGGCAACAAAAGAUCUACAAAUUUACUUUCCGCUGGAUCACUUAUUGGCACACAAGCGGAGGUUGCGCCGACUGAAGAGGAAAGCCAGGGAAAUCGACGCGUGCGCAUGCUGAGCAUUUACCUCUCAGAAAGGCGCUUUUUUUGGAAAUGUCUCACGUUGAUAAUUCAACGACCUCGAUUUUCACCCACACCGAGUUCCUCACCAGGCGAUUGGUACGAGGGUCUGCAUACAGAAGUGUUAGGCAGGUGGAAGAGCUUGGGUGCCUCUCCGCAUCGUAUGGUGGAACUGGUUCAAACUAUCGAUGCGGGACUUACAAAAUUGUUCAACGAGAGUGGUAGUGAAUGGUCCUUGGAGGGUGAUGGACGUGAAGAGCUCGAGAUUGAAUGGGGAAGCAAUCAGAUUGUUGAGGCAACGCACAUGAUGGAGACAAUAUUCUAUUAUAUAUUUUCCUCUGAUAAUGCGCCUGAAAUUUCCCACUCGGAUCUGGUACUUGAAUGGUUUACCUUCGUUAGCAAGUUCAAAUUUCUGGAUGAUGUGGGGAUGGUACGAUUAUUACUCAUCUUUCUUAUGUGCUACUUACUGACGACACAUUACAGCUUCAUCCAACUCUUCAGGCCGUGGCUGUGCCCUUGCAGACUAUCACCGCCAUUAUAACCGCCACCAUACUUAACGUCGAUAGUUGUUUGAUAUUCCUGGAGAAGCCUACUAAAGAUUUAGCUCCUGCUGAUUUGGCUGAGGGUCCAGAUAAACCAUGGUUGUUGAACCAAGCUGUAAUCGUUAAACUACAUCAAAUACUCACAGAUGCAGCCUCUGCGAGUUACAUGACAGCUGGCCCGGCAGUCCUCGCAUGGAGCGUUAUUUUAAAACACGUUAAAGCCCGUGUCGCUGUUCGAGAGAGACUCCAGCGUCGACGACAUGAGGGGCUCGGUGAUGACGAUGAAGAUAUUGAUGAACCAUUGCCAAUUGGAACAGAACCCCUCCUUGCCCCAGAUGCUUAUGAGGAGGUGCUGAAACAAAUCAAAAUCACGGAUGAGCUAGUUGAUUAUCUAGCUUUAAGCGCUGUCAACGAGAGUCGCGUGUUCGAAGUUCUAGCAAACAUUUCACGAACGCUUGGCGAUAACUACGAGGCACCUUUCCUGCCACAACUUGGUUCAAGCUUGAGAAUCGCGAUACUGGAGCUCAUGAAGGCAAGUGCGCCCGAUAUUGGCUACAAUGGCCCAACACUACAAACGAUUCUUUCUGUUGUAGAUGGAGGACAGCAGUACUGGGAUUUUGUUGAUCUACGAAAUGCUGGAAACGAGUUUGAGCCUAUAACCUAUUUUGUCACAGACGUUGGCUUGAUUCGUGGGUUCUGGCAAAAUGCUAGUAUGCGCUAUCCUUGGGAAGCUUCUCCCUUUCAAAACCUCGUUCACUCUCUGGCAUAUCUGCACGUUGUUGACGGAGGUACUCAUAAGUCAAUAUUCUCAUUGCUAGACUCUCGAUCGACCUUCACAUACCCAUUACCAUAUCAGUUCGUAGAUUAUGAAACGAUCCAGGAGGAAGAUAACAACAAUUCUGUUCAGCUAACUAGCGAUCUUCCAAUGUUUGAGCCCCGAGGGCGCGGGAACAAUAGAAGGCUUCUGAUAGGAAAUGGAAACCAAGGAGAGGCACUGGUAUUGGCAGCGGCCAAUGGGGACCUACGAAUUCCAGCGGGAACAGCUGGUGUUAUGAUAGUUGAAAACGAUCCGAAAGUGGUUUACCUAACCCACACUUAUCGUGGUAUGAGGUAUUUUGGGAAAUUGCUAGAAACAUAUUUGGUAGCGGGGGAAGAAUAUGACGCUAUUACCGGUAUGGAAGCGGACGCUGAGACUGUUGCUGACAUUAUUGGAACAUUUGCGACGGGGCUCCUAGCCUUAUCCAGGUCGGGAAAAGAGGCGCAUGAAAUCCAAAAUGCUGCUACGGAAUUCUUCCAGACUGCUAGUUCGGCGUUGAAUCGGAACAGAGAUAUUACUCUUGUAAUAUCUGCUAUCUUCGAGCAAGAAUUGCAAAGGCAAUCGAGCGAAUCUAGUUCUGAUGCAUCCCUCGAUAUUUUGAUCAGCUGCGUACAAUAUUUUCAUGCGUUGCUCCUUUUUUCGCCUGGAAGAGUCUGGCCUCUUAUUGGUCGUAGUGGCCUUCUAUCCAACGAUCGUGGUGACGGUGGUAAACUUUCCAAUAUUGUCGGAAGAAUCGAAGUUAUAUCGGGGAGAUACACAUUCCUCGUAUCAUGCACUCGACUUUUUGAGGGGCUGGUCAAUGAUUUCGCAGUAAAUGCUAUCGCGAGGAACCGCAAGGCAACCACGGCUUCAGCUCGAUUUAGCCAGGUCCAGGAACAUAAUGUUCGAGUUGCCGAUAAAGUCCUCUCCGAGGUUCUCCUUUACUUUACUCGAUACCUGACGGAGGUACUGGAAAGUUCAUACACAUGGCAGUUUGAUUUACCAGGCGAUCAACUUCAGCUCACAUGUACCAUUAUGUCUUCUUUUGAUAAAAUGCUUACCCUUGCCUUUGGGAUCCAGGGUGAUCCAGAAGAACAACCACUGUCGGACUCUCGUUUAAAGUCAGAAAUCGGCAGGGAUCCCAAAGAAAAUCGGGAUUCCCCUGUUCCAAUUAUGGGGGCGUUAAGGCCAGCUGCCAUGCACAUCGUUGAUAGCUUUUUAUCCAAGUCCUCUGGCCCUAUGCGGUUCGGACCAAUUCUCCGGACCUUGUUCUAUGGCUUCAAUACUCGUCCCACUACGCUGUAUGCAAAUCGAUCACGGUUAGUGACUGAGGGCGUAAAAUCAGCACUUCAAUUUUCCAGAAAACUUCUUCGAAUCAGUGCAUUAUUAGAAAAACCAUCACACUUGGAGACACAGCUAUUCACCGCUGCACCUCUUAUCGCAAGACUUUAUGCUGUCAAUGAUAGCUAUCGCACACCCGUCAUAAAGUUGUUUGAAGCGAUGAUAGUCAGCGCUUCGAGUAGCACCCAGGAGCCUCCUUCACUUCUAGGUUACCUUGGUGCGAAGACCUCAAGGAAUUUCCUUAAUGUCGUGUCGGAUCUGGAUACCCCUUUAAUUAGAGAUGAAAAUGUUGGAUCAAUAUGGCAUUUUCUGUCAAUGAUAAUGAGCAGUCGGCAACAAUGGUUUGCAAAUUAUGUUCUCACAGGUAAGACACCAAGAGAUGCGUUAAAGAAGAAGAAACCAGACGUUACCAUAUUUUCAUCGCCUAAACCUCUACUUCUCACGGCCCUUGACAAUCUCUCACAAAUUGGAGAUAUUCCGGAUCCGAAGGCUUUGAUGAUGUUAGAAUUCGUCUCUUUGGCACAAAACUUCUGGCCUUGGACUAUGUACGAGCUAGGAAAUAGUACGGGCUUCAUUAGUUAUCUCUCUAACUACAUCAAGACCUUGAAACCGAUUCAAGUUUCGUCUAGAAGCGAGCCAGCAAUCAAGGCUUGUUAUCGUACUCGAAUUGCGGCUUACAUUGCAGAAAUUCUUGCUAUGCACCUCUUUCAUUCUAGACAAACUGGCAAGCCUUCAAUUGCCAAAGAUCUUAUGCCAAACCUAGACUAUUACUACGAAAAUGCAGGAGGCCUUCCGACCUACAAUGCAUCUCUCCAUGGCAAUCUCAAGCAAAAUUUCGAUUCCAAGUAUGCUAGAUCUAGUCUUCAGAGUUUUAAGAAAACAGAUCUGGAGGAUCGCAAAUAUGGGGAGAACUACUUUUACGAUCUACAACUACUCGACCAAAUGCUCCAUUCCGACGUAGCUUGGACAGGGCGCAGAAAUGACGGGUAUAAGUUCGAACUCGCGAGUGCUAACAUCAACUUAUCAUUGGUUGAUGCUCAGGUGGUAAGUAAGCUAAUCUUGAAUUCCAGCUUCGAUCUAACAACUUUAGGCUCUUUUAAACGCCUGGAAAAUUCUUGCUGUUGAGCUAAGUAGCAAUAUAACCAAGGAAUCUGGCCAACAAGAGACCCUUGUUGAUGCUGCUCUCAAGUGCCUUGCCUCAAAUGCACAGAGCCCACAAGCAGAAAAAUUAUAUUCUCGAUUACUCCGAACAAGGGCAGACUUCGCUCUUGUUGCCUGCCAACGAUUGAUAGAAGCAAACCCAAGAAGCUCCAAAAUGAAGGGACUUCUAAAGAUAAUCUGGGAGACGAUCCGGAGUUUGGAUAAAAGCUUUGAGCUUGCAAUUGCAACAGGGGAUGGACCGUAUUAUAGACUACUUCUCAAAAUCUUAUUCUUGGCUCUGCGAGUACAUGCCGAAGAUUAUAAUCUGAGAGGUAUUGACCUCACAGCAUCGACACGAAAACAACAAGUGGAAUCGGAAUCAUCAGCAGACAUUUAUAUGAUCGUCGAUAUUAUAGAGCGUGUAGUUGCCGGGGGGCUACUUGACCUGGCUCAUAUCAUUCAUGAAAACCAUGAAGAGUCAUCUCCAGAAGACAUCGCGCUCGUUACAGGCAUUCUGCAAGCCAGUCUUCGGAUACCGGGCAUCGAAUUUCACCACGCACAAAUCGUGGCUCUCAUGGCAAAUUGCAACACCCCUCGUAUAGCUACUACACUAUUCUCUUGGUCUGACCAAAUCGCAAUAAAUGGCGAUCCUGUCUAUGGUGAGCUGAGCAUCCUCUUCCUCUUAGAACUCUCAAGUAUGGCCACCAUGGCCGAACAGCUAGCCGUGGAUGGCGUCCUUGGCCAGGUCAGCUCCGCAAGCAUAACCACUUAUCUCCGUCGCGGCAAUGUUUCUCCAUUCGCUGAUGGUGCCGGUAUCCAACGCUGUUACAACAUUUGGGUUCGCGGUAUCCUUCCUUUAAUUCUGAAUCUUCUCCAUUCAGUCGGCGCAUCCAUCGCUACAGAAGUCGCGCUCUUCAUGAACCAAUUUCCCCACCUCCUUGCUCAAUCCGCAGCCGCUUUCGACGCACCUGAGUCCUCACGGACAACUUCGAUAUCGCAACCAAGACACAUUUGUUUAUCAAUGGCCUCGGAAGUUCACUCGAUAGCUCUUAUUGUCUAUAUUCUCAACGGGUUUAGAGAACAGUUGCUAGGAAUCCAAGUUGUCCCGGAGGUAGAUUGGGAUCUUAGCGCAGUAGCAGAGAAUGUAGAAUUUUGGCUGGGGAGUCGAGCAGUAUUGAGAGAGAGGAUUGUCCCCAUGGGUGAUAAGGAAUUGGAGUGGAGGGGGAAGAAGAUAGAAUCUGGAAAGGCAGGAGCCCUGGGCUGCUUGGAUCGGCUAGAGGAGAAAGUGGUUAUUGAGAUGAUGGGGGUUAGAGAUGUGAUUACUGGAGGCGAUCCCUGAGUGGAAAUGGAAGGACGGAAUGGGUGUAAAUGAUGGAUGAGUUGUGGCGUUCGUUUUGCUUUGGGGAGAUGGGCUGAAUACUAGAACAUGCGCAAUUAAUUUUUGUAUCAAUGGAAGGAAGGAUCAGGAUACGAAGCCUCGAGCUUUGAAAGCGUUUUGCACAGAAAAAUGAUCU